AGGUUUUUCCAAAGAAAAAAAAAAUGAUUCUUGGUGAGUUUGCAGCCUCUUCUGGCUGACACGCUUCACCUUCAUGGAAAGCGCCACCGACCCGUCUGACGCCGCCGGCACCAGCAGAGGCCGCACGGCCAGUCCCGGCGACGGUCAUGCCUUCCCGUGGAAAGACGACCUCCCGCUCGUCCCAGGCGUUGCGCCUGUCUACUCCCCCUCCCAUUGGGAGAAGCGGUUGCGCCAGAAGGACGACACCAUUAACGCGCACGUUCGCACCAUCCAGUGCUUGGAGCUGCAGGUGGGAAAGCUGAAGGAACUGACCCACGCCUUGCGGCACCGCGUGCGCGAGGAGGGACACAACUCGGAGUGCAGUGGGCAGGAACUACAGGAGGAUGAGCGGACUGCAUUCGAUCCCCCAAGCGAGCAGAGUAUGGCUUCACCGGAGCGGGACGGCUACCUUCAUCGUGAAGUGGCGGAGGGGAGAGACGAGGAAGGUAGAGUUUGAUAUUUGAGUACCUCUUUUGCUCGCAUAGGUUCAAGUUGUGACGACGAGAUAUGAAGAUCGCUGUAGUAGGUUGUGAUGUCCGCGGGCGCGGCUUCUUCAGGGUCGUUGCAUGGGUUCAACUUCUCCGAUUCAGCAAAAACAUGAAGGAAUCUUCCCACGGCCCUGCAGAAGUUUUUUCCGGACGAAGGCUGCGAACCCCGCCGCUGGCGAUCAUUUAUUGCCCUCUUUCGUCGCCAGCAACAAGCGGGGCACGCGUCCGGGACCGCAGGGGGAGCUGCCGCCUGCUUGGCGUUUGCUGCCGUCUACCAGUUCAAGUUCGACUUCUUCUACCACCCGGCCGGGUUCUUACUGUGGUAGAAAUAUCAAAGGCGCGACUACUUCCUCCGGCUCUAAAAACACCGCGCCGCUGGACAGCAGCAGAGAUCAUAAAGUUGCAAAAACUUGCUCGCCUACUUCACCCCCGCGGUCAACAACAUCUUCAAAGCCGCUGUACCACAACCAGUCCUCCGGUGGUAAAAAUGACGGGCGCGUGGGAGCUUCUUCGCCGGUAGACCGAAAAGAGAGUGCACACCCAUUUCUACUUGCUCCGCCAGGACGAGCGCGUCCCGCGUCCAGCGACGGGAGGACGGAGGAAGAAGUACAACAGGAGUCGCGCUCGGGACGGCGGAGCGGGAUAUGGAAUGCAAAUCUGUCUGGGUCUGGAAGAAUGCGAGAUUUGUCAUGCAUACUUCUCAUGACCCAUGAUAGUCUGUGAUGUAUGCCCUAGCAUUACAGAUUUUUAGAACCCUUCCGGAUGCACUCUCCGCAUGAGAAAUGCCCUGUCCGUGUGCCACAAACUACACCCCUCUUGCUGGUCAUGCAAUACAAAUUUCUUUAAAGUCCAAAAACAGCAUGACAAGUUGCAUUCUUCCAGACCCAGACCUUUUUACAUUUGAUACGGCAGGUUCGUGCGCAAAACGCGCACGCCCGUGUUCUCUAUCAAAUGCAAAAAUGUCUGGGUCUGGAAGAAUGCAAGACUUGUCAUGCAUAUUUCUCAUGACCCAUGAUGCCUGUAAUGCAUGACCUAGCAUCGCAGACUUUUAGAGGGCUUCCUGAUGCACCUUCCGCAUGAGAAGUGGCCUGGUCGUGUAGCACAAAAUGUAUUCCUCGGGCUGGUCAUGCAAUACAAAUUUUUUUGGAAUCCAAAAACAGUAUGACAAGUUGCAAUCUUCCAGACCCAGACAUUUUUGCAGUUGAUAUUCUCCGCCGAAGAACAUCAAAGAGGCAGCAACAGCGACGUAAAUCAGUCUGCGUCAUCAACAUCUGCGCGAUCUUCGCGCGCGAAGAUGAAAACUUUACUGGAGUCCAGCGACGGAGAGGAAAGGCGGAGCGGUGGCUUGGCAGCAGCAAAUGAGGAUCCGCAGGGGAAGAACAUCUUUCGGGGAUCUUUGCAGGACGGGUCAGAUUCAAUUUCUUCCUCUGCUAUCGAAGUGAACAAGAAUGAUUGCAGUACUGACUGUUACUUCCUCAAACUCGAAAUGAAAUGUGCUGCUUACAGCAGGGAAAAUACACUGUGAACUACCUGGGAGAUGUGAUGCGUGCGCGAUUCGCUCUGUCAUGUGAAAAUAGUACUUUUAUUGUACUCAGAACUGCUGCACACCGCCAGCUUGAGGGAGUAAAUCUCGUUAUCCCGUCGGAGCAUCGCGCGGGGAGAUGCGGCAGUUCUGUGCGGGGAGAAGGCUAUAUUAAUAAACCUCCCCCCGGAUGUAUGAAACUCCCUCCAGGUCGUGAUCUUUUGCGCAUGCUGUGGUUGUAAGUUACUCAAUUGUAAUGUUUCACCUCGGUACUACAACGAGAACGACCCUCGUUAUGGAUGUGUCAGGAUUGAAAUCGACAAAGUUGAAAUAACUUGUAAUGCUUAAAAUUGAUACCAGUUGGAAGCCCAAUUUCCAAGCAGUGCAUGGCAAAUCUUCCGAGCACCGGAAUCCAAUUUGUCACGCUGUUUGGGCACAGAAGAUUGCUUUUGUCUUGCUACUUUAACAGCUCUACUGCAAACCCUAAACAGGCUGACAGUCGGCCUCACUUGUCAUCCCGGCAAGACAGGCACUUCAUGCCUUGCAUUUUAUGCAUGGCAAAUCAUUUCAACUUUGUCGAUUUCAAACCUGACGCUUCCAUACUCGUCGCUACUCCACGCGCCGUUCGUGUUCGAGUACGGGCCGCUGUUUACCGCACUGGUGGUAUCCUGCGAAAAAAGUGUUAUCAAAUGCAAAUAUGUCUGGGUCUGGAAGAUUCUGACACUUGUCAUGCACGUUUUGCAUGAGCCCUGAUGUCUGUGAUGCAUGCCCUAGCAUCACAGAUUUUUUGAGAGCUUCUUGAUGCCUAUUCCGCAUGACAAAUGCCCUCUCCGCAUAGCAAAAAUUGCAUUCCUCUUGGUACUCAUGCAAUACAGAUUCUUCUGGAAUCCAAAUGCAGCAUCACCAGUUGCGUUCUUCCAGACCCAGACAUUUUUACAUUUGAUAAGUGUUUCACUGUAAAGAUUUUGCGAGUUCUGCAUCACAAGGUCGCUACAAAUGAGAAAGAAAACUUUAUAGUGUUUUUCCAUGCGAGGAUAUUGUUCCUACUCCUAGGGGGAAUAGACAGCACGCCUAGAAAUUUAUCGUCUUGCUCUUGCAUGUGUAAGUAAGUAAGACAAACGCAGCUUCUGUGUUCCAUUCUAUCUCUAUGCAACAUCACAAGUUCUUUGUUACAGUGAAACAGUUUGUUUUUCGUGCGAUAGGUGGCGGUGCAGCUGCAGCGGGCGGAGCACACCGAUGUGCUGGAGUGCUUGUUGGGCGAGCCCCUGGCGCUGCGGUUCGCGCAGCGCUGCGGGAAGAUCAUGCUCGAGGCAAUCGCUUUGUUCUUCGUUACGCAGAACGUGGUGGAGCAGGGCCGCAGCAAUCGUGCCGACAGUACUGAUUGCAUCUUCGUGGCCCAGUGGCUCCGCAUGCUCGCAACCGUGCUCGGCGCGAAGCGGGUAUUAAGGAAGUUGAUUCAGAUUGUUGAAAAUCGACAAUGUUUGACGCGUCUUCUACAUUAUUUCAUAUGCCGGGCAGUUUUAUUGGUGUGCUUUCGCUUUGUCGUUCCAGAUUUUUUUUGCUCUCGUGCACACGUGUGAAAAGAAACACUGCUUGGCGAUAAAAAUUGAUUCGCGCCUGAGGAUGAAAUUGUUCGAUCACUACAAAAGAUAAAAAUGAUUGGAAAAUGUUUACAACCGACCCACGCUGACUUUCCAGGCGAUCCUGUACAUCUACGACGCGGCUAUCAAAAUUAAAAAUCCCCCCUCCCCAUAUCUUCGAUGCGGGAUUUGAGUACACAAAUCAGCUUUGUCCUGCAGUACAGGACUGCGGACAGAUGCGGACCCUGGGCAGGGGUGUUCUGGGGUAGGCGCUCAGCAUUACAGACGUCCUCUCGGUAAGUCUAACAGCAUCACAAACCUUUCGCGUAAUUUGGCGGACUUUCUUUAUUUGCCCUCUUGCAAGAAAGACACGACUUGCGCCCACAACAAAUCAGUAUCGAAAGUUUUCAGGUGCGUGCCGUUUCAAUAUGGGGAGGGGGGAUUUUUCCUCGCGGUAGUGGCGGAGGGCGAGCUGGUAGCGAGGGCUGCCACCGGCUAUCAAAUGCAAAUAUCCCGGGACGUCUGGAAAGGGAAACUUGUGAUGCUAUACAUAAACUAUGGAUGAUGAUGGAAACACUUCUAAAUGCAGCCACGCAUGACAAUUUUGCAGAACGCUUUACUUUCAUACGCAGUCUGCAUGAGAAAGAGCUCCAUUUUGGUAUGACAAAAGACGCUGCGAGGACUUUUGUUGGUCAUGCAAAAGUACAGAUUUCACAGGAAAACUGCGAGCCCAGCAUGACAAGUUCGCAUCCUUCCAGACCCAGACAUAUUUGCAACUAAUACGGGCAACUGGGACGCGCGGUUUUCCGCCAAGGCCUCGGCGGCGGAAGAAGUGUUUCGCACGGGCGGGUAUAAACUGCAAAUAUCGAUCUAGGUCUGGAAUAAAGUUGUGAUGCAAGUUAAUGAGUAAUACAAAUACUGCACAUCACAACUACCGUAAUGCGCCGCCAAGCAUGACAAGUUUUUUUGUGGUUCUGUCUUGCGUAUUCCGCUUGAGAAACUCCGUUCUUGCUGGACAUUGCCAAGAUUUGCCUAUGCAGAGCCGUCAUCUUGCUGGGCACAGCCAACAUUUGUGCAAAAUAGCCGAGGGCCAGGAUGACACCGCGAGGACGACCACAGGGGGCCCGUCUCAGUGAAAUGAAAUGAAUGGCAGACGAGAGAGAUACAGACCUCAGAGUCAUGCCAGACUAGCAUGAUAUAUAAACUCAGACUCUUCCAGAUCUCCCAGACCACAUAUUUGCAAUGCAUAGCGGGACGACAGUACGGCUGUCCGGCUCCGUGGACAAAAUCUGGGCUCCGGGCGAGAGCGUCCUGGCGGUGCCGGUUUUCGAGAAUGGGGGCACGAUGGUACACGAGGGGGAAGAUGGCACUUCGACGAGUGAGAAUUUAUUUUCAUCAAGUACAACAACUCCGACUCCCGUAACUACUGCCGGAAAGAAGACUAAUGGAGAAUUCUUUAUCGGGAACAAAGACAAACCUGCUCUUGAGGAAGACGAAGACCAAGGUAAGGAGGAAAAGAACAAGAAGGUGAUAGGGUGUGUGGAGCUCCUGGGCAAACCGGGCGACUUAUCUCCCAGAAAAAAACUGGCAGGCCAUAUCUGUAAUGCACCAAAGGUAAAUAGGUAAAAAAAUCUGUGUUGCCUGUCCUAAGCAGCGUGCCAUAUGGGGCCACCCAUGACAGAUGUUAUUUUCUUUUUGCAUCACAGAUAUGCUUAUGCCCAGCCUGCUUUUUUCUCUGGGAUACGACUUCACGGCAGCCGACCAGCUCGCUGCGGAGCUUCUGGCUUACGGCUUGUCGGGGACGUGACGUGUAGCGGGUGUGAAAGUGGUAGUGAGGAUGCAGGGCUAAACGGUUUUUUCUAGAAGGCCAGAACAAGAAAAGAACGAGGGUGAGUGAUUCAUUACAUUAAUAGUGACCAAGAACAGCACGUCGACGAACUACAGGAUGAGUACUAUUAUCCGACCUCCAAUGAUGAAGCAGGGCAAGCAAAUUUCCCGCACGUUGGACGAAAAUACAGUGAAGCUUGACCUUGAGCCAAGAUGAAGGGGUCAUGGAACGGAAAAGAAUAAGAAUGCCGAAC